AGCUAACCGGAUGUUACGUAAAACUACAAACAACCCAAGGCUGUUGAAUUGUCUGGGGCAAAGCAGCAUUUUCUUGAAUAACCAUAACUGGAAAACGAUAAUAAAUCACUACUGGAAACUUAUCAGGCUAUAGAAGAAAACUGGGACGGCUGAAGAGCUAGGUUGGAAAAAGUUUAUACAAAACCAUGGUGGAAUAUUAUCACAUUUUAGGAGUCCUAAGAAAUGCAUCUCAAGAAGACAUAAAAAAAGCGUACAGAAAAUUGGCACUAAAAUGGCAUCCUGACAAAAACCCAGAAAAUAAGGAAGAAGCAGAGAAAAAGUUCAAAGAACUUUCUGAGGCCUAUGAGGUUCUGUCAGAUGCCAACAAGAGGAACAUGUAUGAUCGCUAUGGUAAAGCAGGCCUAACAACAAACAGUGGAGGAGGUGUUGGACAUUACCACAAUGGUGAUCAUUUCAACGAAGGGUUCACGUUCCGCAAUCCUGAAGAUGUCUUCAGAGAGUUCUUUGGCGGUCGAGAUCCUUUUGCGGAUUUCUUUGGAGGGGAUCCGUUUGGGGAUGAGUUCUUCGGUGGAGGGAGGAGGCACCACAGGGGAGUGAGCAGGAGUCGAACGGGGGGACCCUUCUUCGGGGGAUUUGGUGGCUUCCCACCGUUUGGUGCAGGCUUCACAGCGUUUGACCCAGGCUUUACCUCUUUCGGACACAUGGGUCACAUGGGCCAUAUGGGUCCUAUGGGCCAUAUGAGUCACAUGGGUCAUCUGGGAGGAGGAGGAGGAGGCCAUGGUGGCUUCACUGCCUUCUCCUCCACCUCUUUUGGCGGCGGGGGUGGAGGUGGAGGAGGCGGGAUGGGCAACUUCCGCUCCGUAUCAACCUCCACGAAAUUCAUCAACGGCAGGAAAAUCACAACAAAAAGAAUUGUGGAGAAUGGACAGGAACGCGUAGAGGUGGAAGAAGACGGACAGUUAAGAUCACUAACCGUCAAUGGGGUAAAGCCUAUUGCCACAGUUCAAGCAGUCCAACAGGAGGAGUGCAGACAAACUGUUACUGCACACUCUUCCAGUGCACAUGCCUCCCGGUCCUCUGUUCCCCAUCCUCCUUGUCAUCAUGUAAAGACUUCCCCCCACAGGCCCACUCCAGACAGAGAGGAGGGAAGGAACCCAGCUUCAGUACACAGUGAAAACAAGAGGAAGAAACCCAUGCCUGAGCCCACAGAGGAUGCCAAAAAGAGAAAAACAUGAUCCAGUACACACAGAUCCUUGUCCUCCUAGUCAGCUACGGAAACAAUAUGUUAUUGAUACACCUUUAACAAUGAAUAUUGUUUUAAAGGACACUUUAAUAUGGGGUCCUCAAAGCGCUUUAGCAAGAAUGCACAGAUACUGUAAAUGUAUAAUCCUGACUCGUUUUCUAUUAUAUAUCCUAUUUUACGCCCAUAGGAAAAUGUGGGGUGCAUCCGACUAAAUGAUUCAGAAAACCAUGCAAAAUACAAUUGAAAUGAGUUU